AUGACUGUCGACUUGCGUGCUGAAGACGGGUCAUUGCAUUCAGCCAAACCAGACUGGCCGGUUGGCGAAUCCGCAGGCAGCGGAGGAUCAGGAGGAGGAGGGAUAAUGCAGUAUGGCGAAUGGCCAGCCGGCGAUAGUGUGGGAGCUGAGCAACCCCUGCUCGCACACGCGCCACCGCCCCCUUCGCCGGCCGGCGGGAGGGGGGACGGUGGCCUGUCUGAGCCGCUGGGGCUCACCCGCGCCGACGCCCACGAGGCCAGGCGCAGGUUCUUCGGGGUCAGCGGGGGCGGGGCCCCGGGGGAGGGUGCAAGAGUCGCCGGUCAGGGUUCGCAGUUCUCGGCUGAAGCUCGUCCCGAAGCGGGCUCUCGGUGUUCGGGCGACUCGGCUGAUUUCUCGGCGCCUCCGUCUUUCGACUUCGCAGUCGCCGCAGCCGCCGCCGCCGCCGCUGCCGCCGCCGCUGAAGCCGAAGCCGCCUUCUCCGUGCCCAAGUCAAUCAGCAAGUCCGGCCAAAGCGAGGAAAUGAACAUCGCGCGCGUGCCCCCGCACCAGAGGCUGAGCGUCGUCUUCGAGGACCUGGAGGUGUGCGCCAAGGCGUUCUGGCAGAAAGAUAGUACAACGUUCAGUCGUGAGGCUCUUCAGUUGAUUGACCGAGUAGCUUUGUAUCAGCAAAGUGUGAAGGGGUACCUUCCUGAUUUCCAUAUGGCUGGCUCUUUUACUUUAUUUGUUUGGCAAGGAUUGGAAUCUACUCCUGCAAGCUACCUGCAAUAA